GCUAACAAAAGAACAAUAUCCAAAAGUUUGGAUUUGGAUUUGAUCCAAUUUGUUCAUAUGUUGGAUUAACAUAAUUCGAAUUUUAAUUCCACGUAAGAUUUGUAGUCACAAUGAUAUCAUCAUUGUAGCGUCUUCAUCACGUUUUCACCGAAUGUUCGUGACGGUUUUGCAUUCAAGACCAAGAAACACAAUACAAAAUACCUGCUGUCUGAACGUGAGUACAAUAGCCCAUCACAAUUUGCUCGUCAUUUACCUACAAUAUAAAUAAACUGUUCAACUCGAACGAUAACAACUUAACAACUAAUUAUGAUUAACAAACAACGAUGUUGACAACAGCUUUUGUAUCUAUUAUUAUGUCGUUCGUACGUUUCCCACAAUAAAAAUCCACGUACCGGACCAUUAAACCACACUGUAGUUUCAGAUCGGGACUGGUUAACACCUCCAACACCAUGAGCCCGUCCUGGUCGUGAUACAGCAGUGUCUUUUUUUCAUUAUUCUUUUUUUUUAUUACCGAAACAAUGAAGUGUUUGUUUGUGUUUUGUUUCGUUUUAUUUUCCGCGCGAAUCGCGGUUGGCGUGAACAUUUUGGCGGUGUUUUUCACGCCUUUGGACAGUUACCAGAAAGUGUUCAGGCCGUUGUGGGUUGAACUAUCCCUUAGAGGUCACAAUGUGACCGUCAUAACAACCGAUCCCGUUAAAAACGAGUCUUUGGUGAACUUGACCGAAAUCGAUGUGAGCUAUUCGUGUUAUCGCAUAUCAGACGAGUUGGCGUUACCCAACGAUAACCUACGACCCGAGGAGAGGGUCAAACUCAACGUUUUCGGGAUGUCCUUGCCCGCGUUCGAGGCCCAGGUGCAACACCAUCAGAUUCAGGACUUGUUAAGGGAUAGUAGCAAUAGAUUUGAUUUGGUUGUCAUGGAAAUGACUUCGAGUCCCUAUUACGGUUUUGCGUACUUGUUUGAUGUCCCCUGGGUUGGCGUGCUGCCUCAUUCCACAACUUUGGCAAGCGACAGGGAUGUAGGCAAUCUAAGACAUCCCCUGUUGUUCCCCGAUCCCACAGUAAAAAGUUAUACGGGUCGGAAUAUUUGGAUGCGACUGUAUCUUGCUUUGGCGCAACUGAGACUAAUUUACAGUUACGAUUACGAAAUCAUGCCAGAGUUGGACAGGAUCGCUAGAAAAUACUUUGGAGAUGACAUGCCCUAUUUGGGCGAUAUUGAAAAAAAUGUGAGCAUAAUUCUCACUACCCACAAUUUCAUCACUUCAAAACCCAAGCCUACAGUGCCAGCCCUAAUAGAAAUAGGCAACGUACAUUUGAAAAAGAAUGUCAAACUGCCUCAAGAUUUACAAAAGGAGCUCGACAAAGCAACCAAUGGAGUGAUUUACUUUAGUUUAGGAUCUAACGUUAAGAGUGCAAAUAUAUCUAGUCAGUUACGAAAUGUUAUCAUUUCAAGUUUUGCUGAAUUGCCUUACACAAUACUUUGGAAAUGGGAAACCGACCAUCUUCCAGGAAAACCUGAUAAUGUGAUAACCAGGAAAUGGUUGCCCCAAGAAGCAGUAUUAGCUCACCCUAAUGUGAAGGCGUUCAUAACACAGGGAGGGCUUCAAUCUAUGGAAGAAGCAAUUUACUAUCGCAAACCCUUGAUUGGUAUGCCUUUCUUUGCUGACCAAAUGAAGAACGUAAGAAGUAUAGCGGAGCAUGGCAUUGGGGUUGCACUAAAUACGGACACUCUUACGAAAGAGAAACUGAAAUCGGCGAUAUUAGAAGUCGUAAACGAUAAAAAAUACAAGGAGAAAAUUUCGGAACUGUCCGAUCUAAUGUGGGACCAACCGAUGUCGGGUCUUGACACAGCCAUUUGGUGGAUUGAAUAUGUAAUAAGGCAUAAAGGAGCGAAGCACCUACGUAGCCCUCUUUUAGAUCUACCCCUUUAUCAGUAUUUGUUGCUGGACGUGUUGGCGUUCGUGUUCGGCGUUAUCGCAACGACUUUGGGGCUUUUAUACGCGGCAUACAUCUAUACAAAACCCGUUAUUCAAGGAGUCGUAGGGAAAAAUAAAGUAAAAUCGAAUUAGUUCACGUUAUCAUAUUUUUCUCGAGAUAUCACACAUCAUUGUUAUCAUAACUGCAUAGUCAUCUGAAUAGCUCGUAAAUAGGCGACAAUUUGAAGUCGCCCUGAAGUUUUAUUGUACAGAUAAGAGAGGCUUUCCGAUGAAGAAAACGUCAUUACGUACUGUAAAUUAUUGUAUAAAUACUUCACAGUGUANACCAAAA